AUGAAGCGAAUCCAUCCCCUGAGUGUGAGGAGGUUCCACGCAGAGAGGGGAAGGGGCCCCUACACAUCAUGCUGCUCCUUCUUGAAGUGUGUAAAACGCUUGAAUGAUUUCCCAAGGUGGAAGUGGAACCAAACUCGAAUAGAAGAAAAAGGCCAUAGAUACUUCACGACCAACAGAAAGGAUCCUCCACCAAAAGAGAUUAAAAAAAAAAGCGUUUUCCUAACAUGGAGAUGCUUAGGGUUCAAUUUAGCUUUGUCCCUUCCCAUCCUUUACUUCUACCUUUUGCAAUGUGAAAGGAAGAAGAAUGGGAAGGGACAAAUAGGGUUAACCAAAGUGGAAAAUAUUGGCGUGCCAUUGAUAGGAGGGGACUUCACUCUAUUUAAUCAUGACGGGAAGGUAGUAAGAAAUGAAGACUUCAAAAAAAAAUUUUGCUUAAUUUAUUUUGGAUUUACUUACUGUCCUGAUAUAUGUCCACAAGAGUUGGAAAAGCAAACUAUCGUGAUUGAAAAAAUUGUAAAAAAAUAUGGAGACAUCAUAACCCCUGUUUUUAUUUCUGUGGACCCCAAUAGAGACACGCUAGCCCAGGUCAAACACUACUGCAGUUCCUUUAGCGACAAGUUAGUGGGACUCACUGGCACGAAGGAACAAAUUAAAAAAGUCGCUAAGUUGUUUCGUGUAUACUACAACGAACAUGUCGUGGCUGACCAGGGUACCAAAACAGACACGCAAAGUGGAGACUCCCCCGUUGACAACAAUUACAACUACCUUAUUGAUCAUUCAAUAAUUCAUUACCUACUAGAUGUGGACGGAAAAUUUGUCGAUUUUUUUGGAAAAAAUUGCACCACUAGUGAGAUGGUGGAAAGGAUAUCUCAUUACGUCGAUCUUCAUUUACAGAAUGGGGCUACGAUGGCAGUCUGGUUUGAUAUGCUGACCCUUUCGGGGCUGCCCUACGUGUAG